AUGAGUUCCGACUACUCGUACGACUCCGAGGCGCAAUUCUACCCCUUCUUCAUCCUCGCCCUCAGCAGCAUCAUCACGCUGCCCCUCGGCUACACCCUUCUCUUCCCCUCCAAGGACAUCGAAGCGAAAGCCCCGCGCAUUCAGAGCGACUACAAGCCCGAACAUGCCGACCUAAUCGAGAAACAGCGCAAGGCGCACGAGAAGAAGCAGCGCCGCAUCGUGCGCGUCAUCUUUGUUCUCGCCGGCCUGGCCCUCAUGGCCGGCAUGGUCUACCUCAUCCUCCACGUCCAGACCGUGACCCCCAAGAUCUGGAACCCCUAUGACAUCCUCGGCAUUUCAGACUCCGCCGACGAGAGACAAAUCAAGAAGGUCUACAGGAAACUCUCCCAAAGACUGCACCCCGACAAGGUCAAGCCCGACCCGGCCAAGAACGAGACCAUCGAAUCCCUCAACGCCGCCUACGUCGAGAUCUCCAAGGCCUACCAGGCGCUCACCGAUGAGGAGGUCCGCAACAACUACAUCCAAUAUGGCCACCCCGACGGAAAGCAGAGCUUCAGCAUCGGCAUUGCGCUCCCCAAGUUCAUGGUCUCUGACGGCAACGGCAAGUACGUCGUUCUCGCCUACACCCUGCUCCUCGGCGUUCUCCUGCCUUACCUCGUCGGAUCCUGGUGGUACGGCACCCAGCGCAUGUCCAAGGACGGUGUCCUCAUGGAGAGCGCCAACAACCUGUUCCGCGCAUACAAGGAGGACAUUGACGAGGGUGGUGUUGUGACUGCCCUGAGUCACGGAAAGGAGUUUGAGAGUGUCCUCAAGGGUGACAAGGCCGAGUCUGGCCUUUCCAAGCUCGAGUCCAAGCUGUUCGCCAACGCCGAGAAGGCUGGUCUGUCGCAGAAGGACAAGCAGGCUCUGGAGGAUCUCGACAGCGGCGUCCGCCGCAAGACCCUAGCACUUCUCUGGUCCUACCUCGGUCGCAUCGAUCUCGAGGACCCUGCUCUGAACAGCGCCAAGUAUGAAGUUGCCCCCAUCGCCCACGCCCUCACCAGGUCUUUCUCCUCCAUCGCCCAGGCUUACGGUAGCACCGGCCCCAUCUUGGCCGCGUACUCCGCCAGCCAGCACCUGAUCCAGGCCACGCCCCCCAAGUCGUCCCCUCUCCUCCAGCUUCCCCACUUCAACCAGGAGAUCGUCAAUGCCGUCGAGGGCGGCGACGAGAAGGUCCACGUCUCCCUCCAACAGUUCAUGGAUCUCCCCGACACCCUCCGCAGAAACCUGACGGUAAAGAAGGGUCUCCUCACCGAGGAGCAGUACAAGACCGCGCUCGACGUCUCCAGGCAGCUUCCCCAACUCCGCGUCGCCAAGGCGUUCUUCAAGGUCACCGGCGAGCGCUUCAUCAUCCCCUCGUCUCUUGUCACCCUGGUCGUCAAGGGACGCAUCAUCCCCCCUGGCAGCGAAAACGUCCCCGAGAUCGACGAGGUGGAUCUGGAAGACAUUGACCCCGCGGAGGACGACCUCGAGGCUUUCCUGGGCCGCAAGAAGAAGACUAUCAAGGGACCCGACGGAAAGGCCAUCCCCGUUGACGACAAGCCGAUCCUGCCUCCCCUCGCCCACUCCCCGUACUUCGCUCGCGACCAUGCCCCCAAGUGGUACGUCUUCUUGACCGACUCCAAGCAGGGCAAGAUGGCCGUUCCUCCCUUCACCUUCACCCAGUUCGACCAGCCCAUCUUCGGCGAGGAUGGCAAGCCCACCUUCAACAUGCAGACCCUCAAGGCUCAGUUCGCGGCACCCCCUCAAGCCGGUCAUUACACUUUCGUUAUGCACGUCGUGUGCGAUAGCUACGUCGGCUUCGACACCAAGAUGGAGGUAACCUUGGUGGUUGAGGAGGCGGACAAGGCUGCUGCCAUGGCUGCCGAGGACGAGAUCAGCGAGCCUGAUGAGGACUCGAUAGCCGGCCAGAUGCAAGCCCUCAAGGGUGGAAGCGUACCUGGUGCCACCAAGCCCCGCAGGAAACCCGCCGAUGAUGACUCGGAUGAGGAGAGUGGCACUGAUGACGAUGUUGAGGACGACACGAGCGCGACAAACACGGACACCGAGGACGAGUCAUAA